CUGGGAAGAAGAAAGGAGGCUCGCCGGCAUUCGGGUGCUUUUCUGUCGUUCCAGGAGGCUAAGUCCUCCUUCCGGCCCGGCCGCCGCUACCGCGGAAGCCUCAACACCGGUUUUCAGGGUCGAUUUUGACCAUGGCUGCUGAGUCUGAUGUUCUGCACUUCCAGUUUGAACAGCAAGGAGAUGUGGUCUUGCAGAAAAUGAAUCUCUUGAGGCAGCAGAAUUUAUUUUGUGAUGUAUCAAUUUAUAUUAAUGACACUGAGUUCCAGGGGCACAAGGUGAUAUUGGCUGCUUGUUCCACUUUCAUGAGAGAUCAGUUUUUACUCACACAAUCAAAACAUGUCAGAAUCACCAUUCUGCAAAGUGCAGAAGUUGGCAGAAAAUUGUUGCUCUCUUGCUACACUGGAGCACUUGAAGUAAAAAGGAAAGAGCUUUUGAAAUAUUUGACUGCUGCCAGUUACCUUCAGAUGGUUCACAUUGUGGAAAAGUGCACAGAAGCUUUGUCAAAGUAUCUGGAAAUUGAUCUAUCUAUGAAAAACAACAACCAACACGCUGACCUAUGUCACUCUUCUGAUCCAGAUGUUAAGAAUGAAGAAGAAAGUUCUGAUAAGGACUGUGAGAUAAUUGAAAUUUCAGAAGAUAGCCCUAUAAACAUAGAUUUCCAUGUUAAACAAGAGGAAGACAAUGUGUUACAGACCACAGUAGAAAGCUUGACAUCAGAGAGAAAGGAAAUGAAGUCACCAGAGCUAUCCCCAAUAGAUGUGGGUUUUAAAGACAAUGAAAUUUGUAUCCUUCAUGUAGAAUCUAUCAGUACAGCUAGUGGAGAAAAUGGGCAGUUUUCACAGCCUUGUACCUCAUCAAAAGCAAGCCUGUAUUUCUCUGAAACACAGCAUUCAUUGAUUAAUUCUACAGUGGAGAGCAGAGUGGCAGAAGUUCCUGGGAAUCAAGGUCAGGGUUUAUUUUGUGAGAAUACUGAUGAAAGUCAUGGUACAGCAAGUGAGAUUCAGAACCUAGAGGAGAGUUAUUCACUGAGGCACCAGUGUCCCAGGUGUCCGCGAGGGUUUCUUCAUGUAGAAAACUACCUGCGCCACCUUAAGAUGCAUAAACUCUUCUUAUGUUUACAAUGUGGGAAAACAUUUACACAGAAGAAAAAUCUUAACCGGCACAUUCAAGGGCAUAUGGGCAUUCGGCCCUUUCAGUGUACUGUGUGCCUGAAGACCUUUACUGCUAAAAGCACUCUUCAGGACCACUUGAACAUACACAGUGGGGAUAGGCCAUACAAAUGCCAUUGUUGUGAUAUGGAUUUCAAGCACAAGUCUGCUCUCAAAAAGCAUUUAACCUCCGUUCAUGGCAGAAGUAGUGGUGAAAAAUUAUCUAGACCUGAUCUUAAAAGGCAAGAUCUGCUAUAAAUGGAAUCAUGGACUUCCUUUGUAAACUUUGUAUCAUUCUCGUAGGUUUUAGAAAUGCAGUAUUUGUAAUAAUUUUAUUGUUCCCCAUCCCUUCCCCUUUUAUGUCUGCCUCACAUGUUAUUCUUUCUGAACUUCUGACAGUUCAAAAAAAUUGUGAGAGGCAUGAAAAAGUUAUGGGACUUGUCUUGUCAUGUAUGUUACAUAUAAGUCCCAGUGGUACACUUUGAGAAAUAGUGUUUUACUUAAAUAUUUUUUAUUCUGAUGACCGAGGAUCCGACAGUAUUUGCAGAUUCUGAUUUGUAGUGUCUACAUAAUUAAUUUAAAUGUUAAAUCCAACUAUAUAAUAACUUUAAUUAAUAAGAAUGAUGAAAGAAAAUAAAUUUUAAAAUGCACUAUUAUUCA